AUGAGAGAAGAAUCGGAGUCCAAAGGCUCCGCCUCCUCGGCAGAUGGCAACUUCAAGGAGGAGCGCUUGGACGGUUCGUUGAAAGGAUCUCCUUCGCCCGUCCAAAAGACGUAUACCGUGGACGACUUACGGGCUGCCCAACCUCCGACUUUCAAAACGAAGAUGCAAGCGUACUUCUUCCGCAAGGGCUUGGCAGACCGACCAGAAUACUUGCAGGAGAUUUAUUCGAACAUGGCUCGAAAGAUUUAUGUGAAUCAACCUCCUCCUCCGCAGAUGUUAGACGAAGAGGGAAAACCCAUUCUUAAUUAUCCGAGAAACAAAAUCAGAACCACAAAGUACACACCUUUGUCUUUUGUGCCCAAGAAUCUUCUUUUCCAAUUCAGAAACGUUGCCAACACCUACUUUUUGAUCUUGGUUAUCCUUGGUGCUUUCCAAGUUUUUGGUGUGGCCAGUCCUGGUUUGGCAGCAGUUCCCUUGAUUGUCAUUGUAUGUAUCACAGCCAUCAAGGACGCAUUCGAAGAUUACAAGAGAGGCACCAGUGACUCGGAGCUAAACAACUGCCCCAUUCAUCUUCUUGAAGGUGUACAUAAUUAUAAUGUCGAGAGUGACUUUGUUGGUCCUUGGAGACGCUUUAAGAAGAUGUGUACUAGAGGUCUCAAGCGUACCAAUAGGUUCUUCAAGAAGGCUUUUAUUUCUAUGUUUGGUUCCAAGACAUCCAAGACCGAGUUUGCUCGUAAGCAAGCUGCUCAAAGAAAUGAAGCAUUGCACAGGGUAUCCACUGUCGAAUCUGAGUAUUCCUUCCACACGCGUCCCUCGAUGACAUCCAAGCGCAGUAGAAAAUCUCAUCAACUGCAGAGAUACCGGGCGCCAACGAAACGUCAUCCAAACACGCUCCUCAAUCCUGAGGUCCAGAAAGCCAAUCUCCUGAAUCCAGAGGCAAAGAGUCCUUGCUUCAAAAAUCGUAAAUGGAAGGAUAUCAGUGUUGGUGAUUUUAUCCGUGUGAGAGCGAACGAGGAGAUUCCUGCUGAUAUUGUCAUUAUUUCAUGUUCUGACAUUGAAGGAAAUUGUUAUGUCGAAACGAAAAACUUGGAUGGCGAAACUAACUUGAAAACGAAGUCUUCUCUCCACUGCGCUGGUACCAGUGACUUGAAACAUUCUGUUGAUGUGGGCAACACGAAAUUCUGGAUUGAGUGCGAUGCUCCUAAUCCCCAUUUGUACUCCUUUAGAGGAACCAUCCAUUACGAGAAUUAUGACGAGCAAGGACAAUUGGUUAAUCCGGAUGAAAGGGAAGCUAUCACCAAUGACAAUGUCUUGUUAAGAGGAUGCACAUUAAGAAACACUAAGUGGGUUAUUGGUGUUGUCGUUUACACCGGUACUGAAACAAAGAUUGUUCUCAAUAGUGGUAUUACCCCCGAGAAGGUUUCCAAGAUCUCCAGGGAAUUGAACUUGUCUGUGAUUAUCAACUUCGUUUUGUUAUUUAUUUUGUGUUUCAUCUCAGGUCUCAUCAACGGUCUAUUUUAUGAUAAACACAAUACGUCAAGAGUUUAUUUUGAAUUCGCAGCAUACUCUUCUACGUCAGCAGGUAAUGGUGUUUUAUCGUUCUUUGUUGCGUUGAUCAUUUAUCAAUCUUUGGUCCCCAUUUCGUUGUACAUUUCGAUUGAAAUUAUCAAGACGGCACAGGCCUUCUUCAUCUAUUCAGAUGUGAAGAUGUAUUACGAGAGGCUUGACUUCCCCUGUAUGCCGAAGUCGUGGAGUAUUUCCGACGACUUGGGCCAGAUUGAGUAUAUUUUCAGUGACAAGACAGGAACGUUGACUCAGAAUGUUAUGGAGUUCAAAAAAUGUACAAUCAAUGGAACUUCUUAUGGGUUGGCUUAUACUGAAGCUAAGCAAGGUAUGGACAAAAGGCAAGGUAUUGAUAUUGUCAAAGAAUCCGAAAGAUGGAAUGAAGCCAUUAAAAAGGAUAAAGCAGAUAUGGUUGACAAUUUGACCAAUUAUGUCACAAACGAUCAGUUCAGGGAGGAUGCUCUCACCUUUGUCUCCAACAAAUAUGUUGAAGAUACUGUUUUGCCGCACACACGCAAUGCUGAGCAGAAGAAGGCAAAUGAAGAUUUUAUGCUUGCCUUGGCGUUAUGUCACACGGUCGUCACCGAAGAAAACCCAACUGAUCAUGGCUUGAAUGAUUUUAAGGCGGAGUCGCCAGAUGAAGCUGCAUUAGUUGCCGUGGCGAGAGAUUUGGGUUUUGUGUUUAGGGAGAGAUUGAGAAAAACUCUUGUGUUGGACAUAUAUGGUCAACGUAAAGAGUACCAAUGGCUCUACACGAUUCCAUUUACAUCUGCAAGAAAGAGAAUGUCAUGCAUCUUAAAAACUCCAGAAGGAAAGGUUUUGCUCAUUACUAAAGGUGCAGAUAAUGUCAUUUAUGAAAGAUUGGCGUCAGGUACUUCGGACGAAAUUUUGAAAAAGACGGCCUUGCAUCUUGAAGAUUUCGCCAAGGAGGGUUUGAGAACACUCUGUAUUGCGCAAAAGGAAAUCGACGAGAAGGAGUUCGAUGAAUGGCACGAAAGAGCUAAAGAAGCAAAUGCCGUUAUUGACGAUUCAAGAGAUGCGUUAAUCGAAGAUCUUAACAACGAAAUGGAACGCGGUUUGACAUUGCUUGGUGGAACUGCUAUCGAAGAUAGACUUCAGCAAGGUGUUCCAGACUCGAUUUCUAUUUUGAGUGACGCCGGUAUUAAAUUGUGGGUUUUGACAGGUGAUAGAAUCGAAACUGCCAUCAAUAUCGGAUUCUCGUGCAAUUUAUUGGGCAAUGACAUGAAAUUACUUGUCGUGCGGCCCGAUGAAAAUGACCCAAGUAAUAGUCAAUUCGUGGAUGAUCUUUUGGAUGAGUACUUGAAUGAGAACUUUAACAUCAGAACGAAUACCGAAGAGGACAUUCAGCAAGCGCUUACUGCAGCUAGGGCUGACCACUCAGUUCCAAUGUCUAACACUGCGUUGAUUAUCGAUGGAGCAGCUUUGAAUAUCGUUUUCGGUGACAACCCAUCUUUGCGUCAAAAGUUUUUGCUCUUGGGCAAGCAGUGUAAUUCUGUUAUUUGUUGUCGUGUCUCCCCAGCACAAAAGGCGCAGGUUGUGCGUGUGGUGAAAGAGAACCUUGGAGUCAUGACUUUGGCUAUCGGAGAUGGGGCAAAUGACGUCGCCAUGAUUCAAGCAGCUAAUGUUGGUGUGGGUAUUGCUGGUGAAGAAGGUAGACAAGCCGUCAUGUCUUCUGAUUACGCUGUUGGUCAAUUCCGUUACUUAACUCGUUUACUUUUGGUCCAUGGAAGAUGGUCUUACAAGAGAUUGGCGGAAAUGGUUCCAUGUUUCUUUUACAAAAACGUGUUAUUCACAAUGACCUGUUUCUGGUAUGGAAUUUACAAUGACUUUGAUGGAUCUUAUCUCUUUGAGUACACUUUCUUGAUGUUUUACAACUUGGCAUUCACUUCGCUUCCUGUCAUCAUCCUUGCUGUUUUUGACCAAGACGUUUCAGAUACCAUUUCUUUGAUUGUUCCUCAAUUGUACAGAUCUGGUAUUUUGGGCCUUGAGUGGUCGCAAUUUAAGUUCGUGUGGUACAUGUUCGAUGGUGUUUAUGAGUCGGUUAUUGCUUUCUUCUUCCCUUACUUAAUCUACUACCGCUCUUUCCAAAACCACGAAGGCUUGCCAGUUGACCAUCGGUUCUGGAUGGGUGUCUUGGUUUGUGCUAUCAGUGUUACAGCAUGUAACACAUAUGUGUUGUUGCAACAAUACAGAUGGGAUUGGUUGACUCUUUUGAUUAACGCUUUAUCGACAUUGGUUGUGUUUUUCUGGACAGGUGUUUGGUCUGUGAGAGCAUGGGUUGGCGAAUUCUACAAAGCUGGCGCCCAACUUUUAGGAACUUUGACUUUCUGGUGUUGUUUCUUCGUCAGUGUUGUUGCAUGUGUUUUGCCACGUUUCUGUCAUGACUUUUUGAAAAGAAGUUUUGCUCCCAAGGACAUUGAUAUCAUCCGGGAACAAGUUAGAGAAGGCUAUUAUAAGGACUAUCCAGAUGGCUACGACCCUACUGACGUCAAAGACAUUGAAAGACACAGGAUCCUUCAAAGACUCAAUGAAGGCGAUACAGAGUUGUUGGAGAAGGUUGAACACGUCGUCGAAGCCAAUGCUCAUGAGAGUCCUAGCCCCGACAAGGACAGAAAGAUUUCGAGAGCUUUCAAAUCCAUCAAAAGACACGCCACGCUUUCUAGAUCGAGACGUGGAACCAAGGCUGAUAAAUCCAGAUACAAUCAACAGCUUCUCAACAAUCCUAUUGACUUGCAUGAGUUGAGACUAGAAAUGAUCAGAAAAGGGAGAGUACAAUACUGGUGCUAG